AUGACAUUUAACAACAUAGACGGUAAAGAAAAUGACGAUAUUGCCAUCAUUGGUUUAGGUUUCAGAUUCCCUGGUGGUUCGAGCUCUCCAAACGAAUUUUGGAAUAAUAUGAUCAACAAGUUUGAUGGUAUUUCAAAAAUCCCAGAGGAAAGAUGGUCUAAAACUUUUCAUGAACAAGAUUAUAUAAAUAAUGAAUAUGGUGGUAUCUUAAAAGAGGAGGAGUGGAGACAAUUUGAUCCAUUAUUCUUUGGAAUUAGUCCAAAAGAAGCACCAUCACUCGAUCCACAACAACGUUUGUUAAUGAUUUCAUUAUGGGAAGCUUUAGAAGAUGCACAUAUUAAACCUUCUACUCUCCGUGGUUCAGAUACUGGUGUUUUUAUUGGUAUGAUGAAUUUAGAUUAUCAACGUUGUCAAUUUCGUGAUAUUACUACAGUUUCACCAUAUACUGUAACUGGUAAUGCUCAAUCAUUUAUUUCAAAUCGUCUUAGUUUUAGUUUUGAUCUCCGUGGCCCAUCGAUGACUGUCGAUACUGCUUGCUCAAGUUCUUUAAAUGCCGUUUAUCUUGGUUGUCAAGCUAUUGCAACAGGUGAUUGCAAAAUGGCUGUUGUUGGUGGUGUAAAUGGAAUUUUUGAUCCAACCAUCUCAAUGAGCUUUAGUGCUUUUGGUAUGCUUGGCCACAAGGGUCAAUGUCGUUCUUUCGAUGCCGAUGCUGAUGGUUUUAUUCGUGGUGAAGGUGCUGGUGUUAUUAUUUUAAAGAAAUAUUCCGAUGCUAUUAAAGAUGGUGAUCGUGUUUAUUGUCUUAUCAAAGGUGGUAGUUCAAAUGUUGAUGGUUAUAAUCAAAAGACCAAUAUAACAGCUCCAUCCAAAAAGGCCCAAAGUGAAAAUAUCGAAAUUGCUCUUAAAAAAUCAAAUGUAGAUCCAUCUGAAGUUUAUUAUAUCGAAGCUCAUGGUACCGGUACUCCUGUUGGUGAUCCAAUUGAAAUCGAAGCUCUUUCGAAUGUUUUUAAAUCAAACCACUCCCCAAGUAAUCCAUUAUAUAUUGGUUCAGUUAAAUCAAAUAUGGGACAUCUUGAAAGUGCUGCUGGUAUUGCCUCCAUGGUUAAAUGUGCAUUAAUGUUAAAACAUCGUACUCUUAUUCCAAAUAUUCACUUUGAUAAACCAAAUCCCCUUAUUAAUUUUGAAGAUUGGAAUGUGCGUGUUGUUACAGAUGUUCAAAAGUUCCCAGAGGAUAAAAUUGUUAGAAUGGGUGUUAAUAGUUUUGGUUUAUCAGGUUCAAAUUGCCACAUGAUUUUAGAAGAGGCCCCAAUAGUUCAACAACAACAACAACAACAAAAAGAAGAAAAUACAAAAGAAUUUUUGGUUCCAUUUUCAGGUAAUACCAAAACUUCUUUAAAUAAAUUCAUCGAUACCGUAUUAAAUAAUCAAGAAUAUAAAAAUAUUAAUUUCAAAGACUUUGUCAAGCAUCAAUCUAUUUCAAGAUCAAGUUUAGUCAGCAGAAAAGUUGUAACUGCUUCAAGUUGGGAAGAUUUAUUGAAAAAAAGAAAUGAGGUUAGUACUUCAUCUUCUCUUACAUCAACAAUUUCGACUCCAUCUUCAUCCACUCCAUUAGUUUUCGUUUUUGUUGGUCAAGGUCCUCAAUGGAAGGAUAUGUUAACUAAACUUUAUGAAACCGAACCAAUUUUCAAACAAGCCGUUGAUGACUGUGAUAAAUUACUUGAAAAAUACUUUGGUUACUCAAUUCUCGAACAACUUCGUUCACUUGAAAAAGAAGAUUCACCAGAAAUACACCAUCCAAAACUUGCACAACCAAGUAUUUUCUUAGUUCAAGUAGGUUUAGUUGCUUUAUAUAAAGCUUUUAACAUUACUCCAUCAAUUGUCGUUGGUCACAGUUUUGGUGAAGUUACUGCUGCUUUAUAUUCCGGAGUUAUUGAUUUAGAAACUGCUGCUAAAAUAGUUUACCACAGAAGUACAUUACAAAAUCUUACUAUUGGUAGUGGUAGAUUAAUGUCAAUUGGUAUUGGUGAUAAAAAAUAUAUUGAAUUAUGUGGUGCCUCCCAUCCAAAUAUCGAAAUUGCAUGUUAUAAUGAUCCAAACUCAAUUGUAAUUACUGGAAGUGAAGAAGAAUUAAACCAAGUUAAAAACGAAUUAUCUGAACAAGGAGUUUUCUGUGCUUUCUUAGGUACACCUUGUUCAUUCCACUCAUCAAAACAAGAACAAAUUAAAGAUCAAGUAUUUAAUGCUCUUUCCGAUUUACCAGAAUCUUCUGAACCAAAGAUCCCAUUCUUUUCAACAAUUACCGGUAAACAAUCGAUAGAAAAAGGUUUUUAUAAUUGUCAAUAUAUCUAUGAUAAUCUCCGUCAACCUGUUAAUUUCACUGAUGCCAUUUCAAAUAUCUACACAUAUCUUGAAGAAAAUGAAAUGAAAAAUGCUAUUUUUGUUGAAAUAGGUCCACAUCCAACUCUUGGUUUUUAUAUUCCAAAAUGCAAACCAUCAUCAAGCUCCAUUGCUUCCAGUAUUAUCGUCUCACCACUUCAUAAAAAGAAAGAAGUUAUUUCACAAAUGAAAAUUGCAAUCUCAACUCUUUACUGUAAUGGUGUUGAAGUUGACUUUUCUGCUCAAUUUUUAAAUGAAAAACCAAACCAUCAAUUUAAAGAAUCUACUUCAAUCUUGCCAAGAUACCAAUGGGACAAUGCAGACUAUUGGACUGAACCAACCGAAAGCAAAUUAGUUAAAAGAGGUCCAUCCAAAAACUCUUUAGGUCAUGAUAAGUUCAGCGGUAACUCAUUAUUCGAAACAUUUAUUGAUAUCAGAAAACCAGCAUACCAAUUUUAUAAAGGCCAUAAAAUCAAGGGUAAAUACUUGUUCCCAGGUUCUGGUUAUAUUGACAAUAUAAUUCGUAAUUGGCAAUCACAAGAUAUAACAAUUUACAAUUUAGAAUUUAAAUCCCCAUUCUUUUUAACUGAAGGUAUUCAACACCAUCUUCAAACAAGUGUAGUAUCAUCCACCAAAGGUGAAUUUAAAGUUGAAUUUUUCGUUAAAGAUAAUAAAGAUUCUACUACUUGGACUAAAACCUCAAAUGGACGUGUUGGUUUAUUCCCACACAACUAUUCAAAUUCCAAAAGAAAUAUUCAAGAAUUAAAAAAGAGAUGCUCCUUUGCAACACUUAACAAAUCUGAAGUUUAUGGUAAACUUUUAUUAUUAAAUUUACCAUAUGGACCAACAUUCCAAAGAGUAGAGCAAUUAGAAAUUGGUGACAAUGUUUCAUUGGCUAAACUUGAAGUUUCCCCAUCAUCUCAUUUAGAUAACAGUUUCUUUAAUGCAUCCAUUCUUGAUUGUGCACUCCAUGGUUUAUUGGCUUUAGGUGAAGGUCCCCAAGAAGUUAUCUUUGAUCGUUUACAAGAUUUAAAGGUAUACCAUUCAAACAUUCCAGCCAACCAACCAAGUCAUGUUUAUGUAUUCUCUAAACUUGAAAAAAUUGUUGGUAACUCAACACAUGGUUCAAUUGAAAUAAUGCUUGAAGAUGGUACUUUAUUAGUUUCCAUAAAACAAGUUAAAUCAACCUCCUUACUUCGUAUUAAGAAACCAUCAAUUAAAUAUCCAUCAAAAGAUUUAUACUCACACAAAUGGCAAUUAAAAGAAUCAUCACUCGAGCAACCAAAUCAAACAUUAAUUGACAGUAUUGUUUCUGGUGUUGAACAUUUAACAAAAGACAAACAAUUCAAUGAUUAUUUGGUAAAGAAUUUAUUCAUUUCAAUUAAAAAUGAAUUUAAUGAAUUUAGUUCCAAUGUCUCAAAUAUCGAUGAAGAGUUAACCAAAUUAUCAAUUGACUCAAAGAAUACAACAUUAUUUACAAAUAUUUUACAAAUAGUUAAAAACGAAAAUUUAAUAGAAGAAUCAAUUGAGUCUCUUAAAAAAUCAGUUUAUGACAAAUUCAAUUCUAAAUAUUCAAAUGAAAUAAAAUAUGUAGAAAAGAAAAUAAGAACCAUUGUAUCAACUCUUAAAAAUGCAGAUAAAGAACAUCUUUCACCAAGUAACCCAAGCUCACCAUUAGAAUCUCCAAGAAAACAAAAAUCCUUAGCCAAUCAAUCUGGAGAAUCUGUAUCAUGUGAUAACUCUGACUCUGAAGAAGUUUCUAAUGAAUCAAGCCCAUUAAAUAAAUUAAAGCUAUUCAAUAACCAAAAUGAAAUCAUUUCAAAUAAUAUUCAAACUCUAUUCAGACCACUCCUUGCUUCAGAAAAUAAAUCAAUUUAUAAAAUCAUUGACUUUUCAACUCAUGAUAAUACAGAUUUAACAAUUUCAGUUUUAGAAAAAUUAAAUAAUUUAAUUAAAUCAAACGGUACCUCUUCACUUAUUGAAUAUACCUUAGCAAUUACCAAUGAAGCCUCAUUAGCCAACACAAACUUAAUCAAAGAAAUUACUAAACAAUAUCAAAAAUCAAUCGAAAUCAAAUACCGUUCAGUAUCAUUCUCAAAAGAUUUCUCUGAACAAAAUAUUUUAUCUUCAAAUUACGACCUUGUUAUAUCAUCUUUUGUUUUAAACAACUCUUUAGAUAUUAAAUCAACUCUUUCAGAAUAUAACAACAUCACAUUACCAAAUGGCCAACUUUUCUUAUUAGAACAACCAAGAGAUAACCCCUUAUUUGAUAUCAUAUUCUCUGAAUGCAGUAACACUUCAAAUACCAUUGACUCAAUUAAACAACAACUUUAUUACACUGGGUACAAUAGAGUAGCUCAUUCAAAUGAUACCUCAUCACCAUUUGUUUUCCAUGCUCAAAAAAUGGAUAUAAAUUCAACUCCAAUGGUCUUUUCAACAGAUAAAACCUCAAUAAGCACAAAUUAUGAAAACUUUAUUUUUGUAACUACAAGAGAACAACAAAGUACAAGUUAUUUUGAAGAAUACAAGUUUAACGCCGAAAUUUUUGCAAAUAAUUAUCAAGUUGUUUUUACAGAUGAAAUUUCUUCAAAACAAAAUGUAUUUGAAAAUCUUAAAGAUCAAGAUCUUAUAAUUUUCAUAGCCCCACUUGAAUCUUUAACUGUUCAAAACUAUAAACAAAUUACAAUGGACUAUGUAUUGAUCAACCAAAUUAUAUUAAAAAAUUCAUUAAAGUGCAGAUUACUUUUAGUCACCUUAGAUGCUCAAAAUGGUGGCUCCAAUUAUUUUAACUCAUCUUUAAUUGGCACAUUUAGAUACUUUUUGGAAUUCCCAUCCAUAAUUUCACAUUCCAUUGACGUAGAUAGAGAAUCAAUCGAUAACUUUGCCUUAUUACUCCGUCUCUUUGAUACAACAACAAUUGGUGAUAAUGAAUUAAUUAUUAGAAAGAAUAAAGUAUUUGUUCAAAAGAUUUUCAAAGAACCAACUCUUUUGAAGUCCAAUUCUUACGAAAAAGACCCAGAAAACAUUUUCUUAAAUACCAAUAGUAAUUUAGAAUUUACACCAAAAGCUAGAGAAGAAAUUCCAAAAGGUCAUGUCGAAAUUAAAGUUAUGGCAACAGGUAUUAAUUAUAAAGAUAAUCUCUUUUAUAGAGGUUUAUUACCACAAGAAAUUUUCACCAAAGGUGAUAUCUACUCACCACCAUUCGGUCUUGAAUGCUCAGGUAUUGUAACCCGUGUUUCAUCAGAUGUUGGUCGUUUCAAAGUCGGUGACAAGGUUGUAGGCUUUGCAAGUCAUUCACUUAGCUCACAUGUUAUUGCCAGUCAAGAUAAGAUUAUUAUUAAACCAGAAGGCAUUUCAUUCGUUGAAGCUGCUGCUGUCUGUGUUGUCUAUGCUACCAGUUACUAUGCAAUUUAUCAAAUUGGUUCAUUUAUGACAGAUAAAGAAUCCAUUAUGGUUCACUCUGCUACUGGAGGUGUCGGUCUAGCCACUCUUAAUAUAUUGAAAUGGAAGAGAAAACAAUUGGGUUGUCUUGAAAAUGGACCAGCCAUCUAUGCUACUGUAGGCUCAAAAGAAAAGGUCGAAUACCUCAAUGAUAAAUAUGGUUCUUUAAUUACAAAUAUUUAUAACAGCAGAGAUACAGAAUUUAGUGAUCUCAUUAUGUCAUCAAGUGAUGGUGUCGAUCUUAUUCUCAAUACACUUUCAGGUGAUUACCUUUCUGCAAAUUUCCGUUCACUUUCACAAGUUGGUAGAAUUAUGGAUCUCUCUGUAACACAAUUAGUUGAAAACGAUGGUCUUGAUAUUUCUAACUUUAAAUACCAUGUAGGCUAUAACACUGUAGAUUUAGAAAGAGCAGCAAAAUACAACUCAACAGUUGUUAGAAGUAUUCUUACAGAAGUCUUUAGUGCAAUAGAAGAAGGAUCAUUAGAAAACAUUCCAAUUAAAGUAUUCCCAGCAACUGAAGUUAAAACAGCAAUUGAAUAUAUUAAUGAAAGAGUUCAUAUUGGUAAAGUUGUUAUUGAUUUCCAAGAUUUCGAUGCUACUAUUCUUAAACCAUUACUUGCAGAUAAAGAAAAUCCAAUUGCAUUAAACAAAGUUAAAAAAGAUAAAAUUAUUUUAGACUCACUCAAACAAACAAUAUUAGUAACAGGUCAAACAGGUAUUGCUAUUCAUAUUUUGAAAUGGAUCAUUUCAUCAACCAAAGAUGUUACAGAUUUUAUUAUCCUAUCACGUUCAUCAAUGAAAUGGGAAUUACAAAAUCUUAUAAAUCAAACUAAACACAAAUAUGGUGACAAAUUUAGAUUCCAUUAUAAAUCAGUAAAUGUUGUAGAUAUUGACGCAACCCGUAGUGCCAUUAAAGAAAUUUAUUCAUGUGAAAAAUCUCUUUCCCCAAUCAAAACAGUUUUCCAUUUCGCAACAGUUUAUGAAUAUAUUUUACCAGAAGAUAUUACACAAAAGGUUAUCGAUAAUACCCACGAUCCAAAGAGUGUUGGUGCCUAUAACCUUCAUACCCUAAGUGUCGAAUUGAAUUGGAAUCUCGAUAAUUUUGUUCUUUUUUCAUCAAUUGGUGCCAUCGUUGGUGGUUCAAAACAAUGUGCAUACUCGAGUGCAAACUUUGUUUUAGAUUCAUUAGCUCAAUAUAGAAAGAGUCAAGGUCUCAACGCAAUCUCUGUUAAUUGGGGCGCUUUAGAUGCAGGUGGUGUAGUAGCUAUUGAUAAAUCAGUAUGCCAAUUCUUAAAAGGUCAAGGUAUUAACUUGGUAUCAUUAUCAAAGAUUUUGGGUGGUCUUGAUGCCUUCUUCCAAACUGAAAACAAUAGCGUUUCAAAUGUAAUGUUAAGUAACUUUAAUAUCGAAACUUUAUUAAACUCAAUUCCACAAAUGAAAAGAAAGAUGGAUCACCUUUUAAACAACUAUAAAAUUGUUAUUUCAACUGAAAAUACUUCUGUUGGAGGUGACAGUGUUCAAGAUAGAGUUAUUGCCACCGUAUCCGAACUUUUAUCAAUUGACCCUUCAAAAAUUAAUUUAGAAACUCGUUUAAAAGAUUAUGGUAUUGAUAGUCUCUUAACUGUACAACUCAAGAACUGGAUCGAUAAAGAAUUUGCCAAAAAUCUAUUUACUCACUUACAACUUUCAUCAAGCAGCAUAAACCAAAUCAUUCAAAGAAUAAAUGGUAAAAAAUAA